AUGCCGCAGAAAUCAGACCUGAUCACCGGCUGCAGCGAAGGCGGCAUCGGCGACGCCCUCGCCAUCGAGUUCCAGCUGCAGGGAUGCCGCGUCUUCGCCACAGCCCGUGGCACAAGCAAGAUGUCAUCGCUCUCCGCCCUGGGCAUCGAGACGCUCCCCCUCGACGUUACCUCCGACGCCUCAAUUGCGUCCGUUGCGUCGGCGGUGCAGAAGGCCACGGGCGGCUCGCUCGACCUACUAAUCAACAAUGCGGGCGUCAACCAUAUCAUGCCGUUCGCCGACUCGCAAGUCGCGGACCUGCGCCGCGUCAUCGACACCAACGUCGUGGGUGUGUUCGCCGUGACGCAUGCCCUCCUGCCCCUCCUGAUCGAGGCGCGGGGCACGGUCGCGACGGUCGGCAGCGUGAACGAGGUCUUCUGCCCGCCGUACCAGGCCGCGUACAACGCGUCCAAGGCCGCCGUACACGCCAUGAGCCGGACGUUGCGCGUGGAGCUUGCACCGCUGGGGGUGCGCUUCGUCACGCUGAUGACGGGGAGUGUGCAUACUAAGUUGUUUGAUAACGCCCCGACUAAGUUGCCGGAGGAUAGCAUGUACUGCGCUGUCGCGGACAACGUGGAGAAUCGGGACUUCCUGAAGCAGGCUCAGUGGGCUGAGCCUGAUGUGUUCGCGAAGCAGGUUGUCAGUGACUUGUUGAGACCGAAACCGAGGUUGGAUAUAUGGAGGGGCGGCAUGGCGACUGUUGCGUGGGUGCUGUCGUCGUUGGGCUGGGAGGGCAUGCUGGACUCUACUAUGAUCAAGGGUAAUCAACUUGACUUGGUCCAGCGGUGA